AGAGGGAGAGGGAGAUUAAAGGAAUUCUUACAGCUUCACAUUAAGCACAUGGGAGGCAGCUCUGCACGUCGCGAGGAAUCCGAACAUGCGAUCUGAACACUGAAAGAAACAGGGACGAUGCUAACCAUACCAUUUGAAGACCCAGACAUGAUGCGCGAGUCUCAGUUUGGUGCCACAUUCACCCGUCAAGAAGACGCCCGGACACUCAGUAGCGCCGAGCUCAAGGAGACAGAGGACGACAACACGGAAAGGGAAGAGGAGGAGAGAGACGAGGACGAGAACGGUCUCCUGAAGAAGAAAGGUCAGCGUAAAAAGAAAUUCUCCGAAGGACGCGGCGACCGUGUCAAAAUGCGCCGGAAUGAAGCGAACGCGCGCGAGCGCAGCCGUAUGCACGGCCUCAACGACGCGCUCGAGAGCCUGCGCAAAGUCGUGCCGUGCUACUCCAAAACGCAAAAACUCUCCAAGAUCGAGACGUUGAGGCUGGCCAAGAAUUACAUAUGGGCUCUAUCUGAGACUCUGAGCGCGGGGAAAAAACCCGAGCUGCUGGGGUUCGUGCAGACCCUGUGUAAGGGCUUGUCACAGCCCACCACUAACUUGGUUGCGGGUUGCCUGCAGCUCAACGCCAGAAAUUUCCUUACAGAUCACAACGGGGACGUGUCGUUCUCUGGCAGGCCUCAGUACGAUUCUGUGUACCCGUAUCCGAACGCUGAGAUGGCCACGCCCACCGGCCUCAGCUCUGGGACCCGGGACGGCGUCAAGCCGUUCCGGCCGUACAACUAUUACGCGUCCUAUGAGUCCUACUACGACAGCGCCUCUCCAGAGAGCAGCAGCCCUCAUAUUGACGGCCAAAUGAGUCCCCCAAUUAAUUACAACGGGAUUUUCUCGCUUAAAAAACACGAGGACCAAGUCGAGUACAGUAAGAACUGCCAUUACGGGAUGAGAUACUGUAACGUUCCCGGCCGGGGUUCCAUGUACCGCGUUUCCCCAGACAGCCAUUUUCCUUACGACUUACAUCCCCGCAGCCAAUCGUUCCAGAGCCAGGACGAAUUAAAUACGGGUUUCCAUAAUUAAAAGUGAGCAUAGGGGUUGGAUGCCAGCUACACUAAUCUGUUCAUUAAUUAGUGCUUGUUGCCGAUUGUUUUGCUUUGUUUUCGUUUGAUUUCUUCAUACGAUGUUUGAAAAUAGCCUACUGUCAAAUCAAUUCUAUUUAUUUCAGACUGCAUAGGUUGUUGCUCGUGCAUUGACGCGGGCUGUGGGUGGCCUGUUACAAUCAAUGAAUCAAAAGAAGAUGGAAAUAAAAUGUUAAGCUUUUCAAACAACAAUAGCCUACUUGUCUCAUAUCCUGUGCAGAUGGAUUUAUUCGAGUGUUACAUGAAACACAAAAUCACGACAGCAAUAAUGGAACUAUGCAACGCAGUAUGACAAAUAUAUUACCGUGCAAACAUGUAAAUAGCCUUAUUGUGUGAAUUUUACUAUUCGUUAGACUUCUGUGUCUUACUAUUCUGACUGAUUCCGCGUAAUGUCAUCAAUGAAGGAAGCUAUUGUGAUUUUGCUAUGUAAAAUGUUUUCCCCCCCUAUUUAUUUAGUUUGUUCUCUGAGGAGCGUCGGGUCUUGUGAAUGGUGUGAACUUGAGCUCACUUCGAU